GAACUGGCAGUGUAGAUUUGGAGGAGUUUCUAAUCGGCAUCGCCGUCUGUUGCAGAGGCACAAAAAGCGACAGAAUGUUUGUGCUGUUCCAGGUAUUUGACCUGAACAACGACGGUUAUAUCCAAAAGAGUGAGUUGAUUGCGAUGCUUUCAAACCUUCCGAAUUUGGAGAACUACAUUUCUGCCAGGCCCGCGGACACUGCAGCAGAGGAGCAGCAGCCGCAGCAGCAGCAGGAGCAGCAGCAGCAGCCGCAGCAGCAGCAGCAGCAGGAGACCAGCUGGACCCAAAUUUCAAGCAGGGAGGGCCUAGACCCCGUCGAUGAAGAGUCCGACAGCAGCGAAGCUUCAUCUGUCUCCGAUUUCUGCAUGGGCGCUUUGAGCUACCCCACAGUGGCAGCAGCAGCAGCAGCAGGAGCAGCAGCAGCAGGCGCUGCAGCAGCGGGCGUGCCGGAGGCGGGAGCCGCAGCAGCGGCGGCAGGCGCAGCAGCGGGCGCUGCG